AUGGGCCUGGCCGUGUGGGUUUUGUUCAAGACGCGGGACACUGACUGAGUUGUCGUCGUGCUGGUGGUCGGGGGGGCACCUGAGCAACCCACCGAGUCUGGGAUGGGUCUUCCCCCGGCCUGGCCUUGCCCCGUCCCUCUGAGCCCCCAACACCCUGAGCGGCCAGUGGAGCUGAGCAAAGCCGAGUGUGUGAGCUCGACGGCUGCCCCGGGGCACGGCAGGGACGUUCCGGGAAGAGGCCUUUGAUCAGUGGCCAUGAGGGCGCGUCUACCGGGAAGCAUGGCUGACUCCCCCAGGGAAAGAAAAGUGGCCAGGCCUCCAGACUUCACGCAGCUGAUUGACUUGGCGUCUGAGUUUGUAGGAGGAAAGAUUUUAUUUGCAACAGAUGACUUUUUUGCUCCUGCCGAAAAUCUUCUAAAGAGGGACAACCCAAGUUUUAAAGAACACGAGUACACUGAGUUUGGGAAAUGGAUGGACGGAUGGCAGACCAGACGGAAAAGGAUUCCAGGUCACGACUGGUGUGUGGUCCAGCUGGGCAUCCAGGGUGUUAUCCGGGGCUUCGACGUGGACACGUCCUACUUCACGGGAGAUCACGCCCCUCGAGUGUCGAUCCAAGCGGCAAACUUCGAAGAAGAUAAGCAGCCAGAAAUCCCACAACGAGAAGUCAGGACAGGAGCCGCGGCCACCCCUGAGGAGUUUGAAGCCAUUUCAGAGCUGAAGUCCGACGACUGGAGUUGCUUGGUUCCCAUGACAGAACUUACACCGGGAAAUCCUGCUUCCAGCCACAACUACUUUCCAGUCACUUCCCAGCAGAGGUGGAGUCACGUACGACUCAACAUUUUCCCGGAUGGUGGAAUUGCACGUCUUAGGGUAUAUGGUACUGGACAAAAAGACUGGACUGCGGGUGACCCCAAAGAACCGUUAGACCUGGUGACCAUCGCUUAUGGGGGUGCCUGUGUAGGGUUCAGCAAUGCACAUUUUGGGCACCCGAACAAUAUCAUAGGAGUCGGCACGGCGAAGUCGAUGGCAGACGGCUGGGAAACAGCACGAAGGCUGGACAGGCCCCCGAUACUGGAGAAUGAUGAGAACGGUAUUCUCCUGGUUCCAGGCUGUGAGUGGGCAGUUUUCCGAUUGGCGCACCCUGGAGUAAUAACUCAAAUCGAAAUCGAUACAAAAUAUUUCAAAGGUAAUUCUCCUGAGACCUGUAAGGUGGAUGGCUGCAUCCUGACGGCUCAGGAGGAGGAGGACAUGGUCAGGCAGAAGUGGGACCUUCCGGGCCAUAAGUGGAAACCACUGCUUCCGGUCACAAAGCUGAAGCCUGAUGAGAUGCACGUGCUGGACAGCCUGACCCCCGAACUGCAGGACGUCAUCACCCAUGCCAAGUUCACCAUCACCCCCGAUGGGGGCGUGAGCCGCCUCCGACUUAAGGGUUUCCCCAGCUCCAUCUGCCUCCUGCGGCCCCGCGAGAAGCCCAUGAUGAGGUUCUCGGUGAAGGCGGGGUUCAGGGCGAACCUCUAACCCACAUGAAACCUGUACAGUGACUCGGACUUUUCUUCUGAAGUAUUUUCAACACCGGAAACUUAAGUUUCCAGCAAUUAGUGUUUUGAAGGUCAAUAUAAUUCCUGAUGAUUUAAUAAAGUGGUCACUCUCACA